AUGGAAGACGUUAAAGGGAAAGAGCUAAUUGAUGAUGCUCCGAUCGAUAACAAGAAUGUUUCAGAUGAGAGUGAGGUUCAUAAACAGCCAUCAGCUGAGUCUGAGGAAAAUGCAAUCAAGAAAAAGUAUGGAGGAUUGAUGCCAAAGAAGAUUCCAUUGAUAUCUAAGGACCAUGAUCGUGCGUUUUUUGACUCAGCUGAUUGGGCAUUGAACAAGCAAAAAGGACAAAAACCAAAAGGGCCAUUGGAAGCUCUUCGCCCAAAACUACAGCCAACGCCGCACCAGCAACCACGAGCUAGACGAAUGGCUUAUUCUUCAGGCGAUAACACUGAAGACUCUGAGACUGACAACAACGAGUCUCCCGAUGGAUCAGCUGUUGAUGCGACGAGCUUAAAGAACGAUGGAGGCAGCGAUGGUGACGCCGCGAAAGACAACAUCAAACCGUGA